CACCACCCCAGAAGUUCCGUGUGCCACUUCAACGGCACAGAGAGAGCCACCAUACCUUUCUUCAACGAUGCAGCGCAGUUCUGCUCUGCUCCAUCCCCUCCGCUGGAGCUAACAGCCUCCUCUCCGCCCUCUCCUUCAGUAUCAACAAUACGCGCUUCACGCAAAGAUAAACAUCUCCACUCAACCUCCUGGCUCCUUCGAGUCACAGAAAUCGGACGGCUCUUCACUGGGGCUAUUCGUAUGCCUUCUUUACCACCUUUCACCAUGUCGCGAUCAUCUUCAAAUCCCAUUCCGGCGACUCCGAGAGUCAUCUCACCCUCGCCAACGCCUUCAGAAGCCCGAGAAAGUGAGCAGGACGGGUACUUCGGCCCAGUGACAAGAUCCGCAAAGAAGAAAGCUGCCGUACCAGUUGGCGAUGAUGAUAUUGACGAAGACGGGGAGGUGAACGGCGACUUGCGGAAGCCGAGGUCCAAAAGCCGAAGUCCUAUGAGAAUUCGAAAGCCAGCCGCCAAAGCGACGACAAAACCUUCCACGAUACCAGAAGAGCCAGUUAUAGAGAAUGGUAACGGACACGUAACGAACGGCCAUCUCUCACCGGCGAGCGCAAGCGGAACUUUUGGCUGGAGUUGGAGGGAUAUCAGUCGAAGCCCGAGUCCGCUGGGCUUGAUUCCUAUUCACAGACAAUGGCGAUCUUUUGUACAUCGACAUGAGGUACCAAGAAAGCUCUUGCACGUAUCUAUCGGAUUCUUCUCUCUCUGGCUAUAUGUUUCCGGCGUACAAACCACUUCCAUCACUCCUUAUCUAAUGGCGGCCCUCGUGCCAAUCGCAACCGCCGACUAUCUGCGACACACCUAUCCUUCCUUCAACCGAUUUUAUGUUCGCGUACUUGGUGCUCUCAUGCGGGAAACUGAGUACGAUGGUUGGAACGGGGUCAUCUGGUAUCUUCUCGGCGCUUGGAUCGUACUCGCCUUCUUCCCUAAGGAUGUUGGAAUGAUGGGUGUCCUCCUCCUUAGUUGGUGUGAUACAGCCGCCAGUACUGUUGGACGGUUGUAUGGACGCUAUACGCCUCGUAUCAGACGCGGAAAGUCGCUUGCAGGCUCACUUGCUGCGUUCCUCGUGGGUGUCAUCACCUCGAUCUACUUUUGGGGCUGGCUAGCUCCACGAAUGAGUUCAUUUGUUGAUAACGACAACUUCCCUUUUAUGUUCACAGGGACCUUGACCCUUCCAACGGCUGUCAGGAGUGCUGUCGGCAUGACCGAGGCUCAGGCAAGCAUUUCUGGAGGGUGGGCUUUGGGAUUAAUGAGUUUAUGGACGGGCUUUGUUGCCUCGGCGAGCGAAGUGGUUGACAUCUUUGGAUGGGAUGACAACUUGACGAUACCGGUCCUCAGCGGCAUGGGGAUGUGGGGAUUCUUGAAGAUCUUUGGUUAGAAAGCAUGAGUAAUGUCCCGAGGCUGUGGGAAUGGGCAGGCGUUCGGUGGGCUGACACAUUGCGUACACUAGAAUAAAGUCAAAUAAGGAUGUGCUCGUUCCGUCUCCAUGUCAGGAUUCAUUACCUUACCUUGAAAAGUCUGUAAACUGAG